CUUUUGGGUGGCGCAAGGCGCCCAUCUGCAACCCCACCAGGCCAGCUCCAACAUCCCACCUCCAGCUUCCGUGCCGUCACUUUCAGCCUUGUGAUCCCAGACCUGUCAACUCCACAAACAGUCAUCCCGACAGAGCCUUGUCUGUGUAAGCAGAGCAUCAACGCAUCCAGACUUGCGCGGGAUAAACGCGUCCACGGUUCUCUUUCUUUGGACAGUCUGAUAGCCAACCAGUGCAUCGCCCGAUACCACCGCCAACAUGUUGAUCAAGGUGCGAACGUUGACCGGCAAGGAGAUCGAACUCGACAUCGAGUCGGACUACAAGGUCUCCCAGAUCAAGGAGAAGGUGGAGGAGAAGGAGGGCAUCCCGCCCGUGCAGCAGCGCCUCAUCCACGGCGGCAAGCAAAUGACCGAUGACAAGACCGCGGCCGAGUACAACCUUGUCGCCGGCGACACUCUGCAUCUCGUCCUCGCCCUUAGGGGGGGACGGCACUUUCAAUGAAACGAGCGACGGAAGCGAAGCGAAUAUGUCGACAUGUCUCUAAGGGAGCCGAGAGGAGAGCGGUAGAUGGGGGGUGAGAGAGAAGGCAAACAUGCGGAAGGGCCAUCAUUCUUGUGGUUGAUAUACGGUAUCUUGCUGCCGGUUACGUUGCGUACAUUUGGUCAUUUGAUAGAUUGAGCUCCAUAAAUUUAUGACAAGCUCUCCCUGGAAAGCUCUAUUAUCGCGGAACUUUCGUGUUGAGAAUGACGUGGAUAGUAAUUUGCGACAAAUGGAUUGUGAAGUCAUAUUUCGACUUGAACUGACGAGAACGCAAGCAAACUGACGACAGGCAUGACGCAGCUACGAAUCA